AUGUCGGUUGUUGCCCAGACUGAUGGGGUCAGAUUCUCCUUUCAACAUGUGUCUCCCUUAGAGGUUCGUCAGGCCAUGGCAACAUGCAUGGCUAAAACCAAAGGCCGUAGUUUCGAUGCCGGUCCGAACAAUGUGAGGCCAAUUGCGAAUUUGGGCCACUUUGCUAAGGUAUUUGAUGUGAUUGUCGCGCAGCAGGUGUCGUCGUUCCUGGAGAACCAGAAUUUACUUUCGCCGAUGCAGUCGGGCUUUAGGCGCCACCAUAGUACGCAAUCGGCACUCUUAAAGAUUACUGAGGACAUCUGUUUGGGGAUGGAGCGCGAUAUGAUUACAAUCCUUGUAUUAUUUGACUUUAGAAGGGUUUUUGAUUUGAUUGGCCAUGCCGUGCUCCUGCGUAUUAUGGCUGACAUGGGUUUUUCUGCCGACGCUGUUGCGUGGUUCCACAGUUACUUAUCGGGUCAAUCUCAGGCGGUAUUGGAUUUAAGCGGUGAUUGUACGGCUUUCUUGCCCAGUACUUCGGGAAUACCGCAGGGCUCUUCCACGAGACCUAUUAUUUUUCUCAUCUUUAUAAAUUCGGUACUGUCGGUGCUGCGCCAUAGCGUGGGUGUGCUUUUCGCGGAUGACUUGCAGUGCUAUAUCCAAUGCGCACCAUCUGAUGCACGUCGCACGAUUCAUUUGUUGAACCAGGACAUUAGCGGCGUAGUGGCAUGGUCGGACGAGCAUGGGUUAGAUUUCAGCUGGAAUAAGCUCCAGGCAAUAAUAAUGGGUACCCGUCAGCAAUUGUUGCGUGUUGACAAGGCGGCUUUACCGCCUAUCCUAGCUGGCACGCAUGUCAUUCCUUUAAGUGACUGUGUAAAGGACUUAGGUGUUUAUCUCACCGACGAUCUCACUUGGAAUAGGCAUGUGGCUGCUAUCUGCUCACGGGUGCACGGUAUUCUCUAUCGUUUACGAUACAAGGGUGGAUCGCUAUCCAGUAAAUUUAAAGAAAAGUUGGCUACGACACUCAUAUGGCCGCAUUUCGAUUAUGCUUGCCUGGUUUUCGCAGACGUGACACCGCCCUGGGGCCGUUCUAUGCCAGACUUAAGUGGUUGCGCCCUGGCGCUCGACGAAAUUACUUUCUUGGUGUUAGCACUUAUGGGAUCCUUACCACCACGAAGCCGAGUUACUUGUUUGACCUUUUCCCUGCGGCACGUGAGGGGCUGA